AUGGCGGCGUCCGUGAGCUCCGCUGAUGUCCCGUCUGUCUUCAGUCAAUAAACUUACUUAAAGAGGAGCAAGUUUUGUCCGACGGCAAAUAACAGUCGAAAAUAAGGCAAGUUACAGCUAUUUGUAUGAACUUUGUUAUUCAGUGGCAGUUUUCCGGCAUAAAACGUUACCAGAAAGCUUAAUGACCGCUAAAUGUAACGUUAGCUAACAUCGUUAGCUUGUCUUGCCAUCGACUCCCUUAAUAAUAACGUUAGACAAAGUUAGCAAAGUACAGGCUUUUUAGAAACAUUCACCUUCAAAGCAUUUUAUCCACCUCAUUUUAGUUCGUACAUGUUUUAUCAUGUAGCCGUCGUUAGUGACUUUAUCUCUUUAUACUUCAUAGUAUUUCUUCGUGUCUUAUCGGUAAUUAUGUGGCAUAUACACUCAUUUAGGCUCGUGUUAGCUAUUAGCUACAUGUUGUGAUACACACAUUGAGUUGCAGGUGUUGCACAGUACAGUACAGGACUAUAAUGCUCUGUAGGGUUGUCCUGGUUGUAGUACACUGGUGCAGGUCUGUGGUGGUGUGUGGGUCUGUCUCCUGCAGGCUCAUGUCCAGGCUGGCAGUGGUGUGUGGGGGCUCUAGGGGCAUCGGGAGGGCUGUGUCCCGCCUGCUGGCAGAGAGGGGCUGCAGGCUGGCUGUUGUGUCCAGGAACGAAGAUGCUGCCCGCGCCACUGUAGCAUCUCUGCAAGGAGGUGACCACGUGGCUUUCAGCUGUGAUGUCUCCAAAGAGCAGGAGGUGCAGAAAACCUUUGAGACGAUCCAGAAGACCUUAGGAAACGUCUCUUACCUUGUGAAUGCAGCUGGCAUCAACAGGGAUGCUCUGUUACUGAGGACCAAGCCGGAGGACAUGGUGGCUCUGCUUCACACCAACCUGCUGGGCACCAUGCUGACCUGCAGGGCAGCCCUGCGCAGCAUGCUGCACACACAGGGAGCCGCCAUUGUUAAUAUAGGUUCUGUUGUCGGCCUGAAAGGGAACGCUGGCCAGUGUGUGUACAGUGCCAGUAAAGCCGGUUUAGAGGGCUUCACACGCUCUUUGGCUAAAGAAGUCGCUUCGCGCAGUAUCAGAGUGAACCUGCUGGCUCCAGGUUUCAUCCGCACCGACAUGACCGCAGGGCUGAAAGAGGAGGACGGGCUGCGAUCUAUCCCACUGGGGAGAUUUGGCGAGCCGGAGGAGGUAGCUCAGGCUGUCCUCUUCCUUUUGGAGUCAUCCUACAUUACAGGACAAGUGCUGGUGGUGGAUGGAGGACUGCAGCUGGCCAUGUAGGGAGCGGGGCCUUACUCUGGAGUUACCUUAGCAUUGAAAACAAUGGCAGUGGCACAGGUGAAAGCCUUACUUUGCCUUUUCUUGAAAAUUGUCUUGUUUAAGCCAUAGACUUUGGAGACUGUAGAGGAAAUGGACAGCGGAGUCUCAGGUACUCAUGACUGAAGGACACAGUGAACAUUUAGAUUGAACAAGGCUUCAUGGCCGAAGUGGACUGAUGCUGAGUGUGAGAUUGGAUGUACAGUAUUUGUUAUCAGCCGUUUUCUUGUCAAAAGCUGUAAAACAGAGUAAACUAAAUCUUUGCACCAGCUGUAUAACGGCAGUCACUAGUUGUUGACAUAGGAGCCACAAAUCCACCUCUCUCAGAGGAUCACUGUCCCGCCGCUCUCCGUCUUUCUGCUGAGUCACUCCGUCCAGCCGCAGGAGGCGUGGCCUGAUGUGUGUGUGACAGUCGGUCGUGACUAACGCCGCUGACUCCAGAGUGUCUGGCCCAGUCCAGACCUCUGUGCCCCGAGGUCCUAAAUUUGAUCAGUAGAUUGAACUCUGUCGGUCUUUUUCCAUGACUGUAAAGCGACUGCUCGUGUUUUGUUCCCCGACCUCCCCCGGGAGACCCCCUCACAGCCAGCACAUGUUUCCCCUCCACCGGCGGCCCCCUGAGCCCACCUCUGGAGGGGCCUGACGAGAGGCCAGGCAUGUUGGGCUGCAGCUGGAGGAAAUUAGAGGUAGUGGUGGAGGUGGGAGGGGGGUAUUUUUAGCUCUGGGAAUGUUUUGAGUGUCUGGUUACAGCUUUGGACCUGUAGUGUGGAUGGAUGGGGUUGGAGGUGACUGUCAUGCUCAGUGAUGAGAUUUGAAAUGCUGCAUUGCUCGUUCCUGCCAUGGAAACAUGCGGUUACCUUCUCUAAGUGUCACAACCGCGACUUUAAAUGAGCAACUUCGAUUGUGCACUCGUAUCCUAAAUGUUGUAUUUUCUAUUAAAAGGAACUACAUUAUCCUGUUGGUGAGCAUUCUUAGCAGGAACGGUAUUUCCACUGUGGCUGAUAAUGUGUUUUUUGGCAUUCUCUUAUUGUUUUAGGAAGAGCCUGCCAGUCUACAAAAACAUCUCACGCUGUCUCUUAAGAGUUUGAAUUUUAUUAACUUUCAUAACCUAAAAUAAUAUCAGGAGAACAAUCCAUAUACAGGCAUUGAUUGGCAUAGAAAUGUGCAAACACAGUAACUGUCAGCUGAUGCAAGCUCUGAACAGACACAGAAAAAGAUGUCCACUUUGUAGAGUAUUACAGAGGGGAUGAUUGCCUUCCACUGUUGACCAGCGCCGAGUGUUUCCUUCCCCUGAAUACUGGAAAAAAGUUGUGUUUCUAUACAUCCUGGAAAAAAAAAAGUUGUUUGGCACCGUACAAGUGUCCAAAAAUAACAUGCAAAGAAGUUGUGUUUGUAUUAAGCCUAAAAGUGAUUUAAGGCAGUAAAUAUAUUUAUAAAACUUCAUGAUACAGAAAAGAUUGUUUUAUCAGUGAACAAAAGGUUGCUGAUAUAAUUUAUGUCAAGAUUCAUGGGAAAGUAAAGUUUGUUUUUCUUCAUACAAAAAUAAAAUGGACAAUCUGUGAUUUGUGUGACAAAUACACGGAAACCUUUCACAGCACCCUCUGUCGAGUGAGAA